AUGUUGAAUCUAUUUGUCUUCCUUAUUUUAUUUAUAAUACGUUUUAUAGUGAUUAGAGGAUCUAAAUAUAGAUAUGAAAAUAACUCUGAAUUAUUGAUUGAAAGAAUAAAAAGAGGAAAGGAAGCAUUAGAUGAUAUUUUGAAAGCAAAAAUGAAAGCAGAAGAGGAAUAUCAAAAGAAUAAAAAAAGAAUAAAAAGUCAAAAUAAAAAUUCUUACAAGAAUAAAAAAGAAGAUGAUGAAGAAGAAAAGGAUUAUGACGAAGAUGAUAAUAAUAAUAUAUAUGUACAAGAAAUAAAAUGUUAUGAAUAUGUAUUAGAACAAUUAAAUAAUUUAAAUGUAUAUAAUUGUAACGAAAUAAACGAAAAUAAUAAAUCAUUAUUAGCACUAGCUAAAACAAAAUGUCUCUUUGUAAAAUCUAUAAGAUCUUUUCCUGAUGAAAAUUCAGGUUGCAUAUUGAAUCCAAAAAAGUUAAAUAAGUUACAAUUAUAUUUAUAUAAUAAUAAUUUAUUUAAUGAAUUUAGUAAUCAAAAUUUUUCAAGGACUUUAAAUUUGAAUGAAUUAAGGAAAAUAGAAAAAAUUAUAAAUCCUUGCUAUUAUGAAAAUGAUCAGACUGAUGAAAAUUAUGUAAAUUUAUUAAAUGAUAUAUCUAAUAUAAAGGAAAAGCAAAGAAAUAAUUAUGAACAUAUUAAUUAUACUUAUAAUAAUGAUAUGGAUAAUUUGGAUGGAACCAAUUAUAUGUCAGAAAAAAAUAAUUAUUUAAAAAAAAAAUUAUGUGAAAAUUUAAAAUAUAAAAUAGUAACAAAUUGUACAUCAAAUAAAAAUAUGUCUGAUACUGCAUUUCAAAUAUAUCAUUCUGAAUUAAAUCAUAUUGAUGAUAUUUGUUUUUAUAUACAAUCAAAUGAAUGGAAUAAAAGGACUGAGGAAAAUAUCAACAGAUUAGCGCAAACAUCCUUGUAUAUAUCCAAACAAAUGACUACCAAUUUGGAAAAUAUGAAAUUAAUAGAAAAUGCUCAAAUUAAACAAAUAGAAAAUACAAAUAGGUUUGAUAAUUUUUUGAAGGGUCUCAAGAACGAUUUCAGCGAAAUUAUUCAAAUAUUAUUAAAAAUAAAAUAUCACCACGAAUCAAUUACCAAAUUUUUGAGAGCCUUUAAAAUGAUUGUUAUGUAUCUUCUUAUUAUAAUCUUAGUCUUAUUCAUAACGUCAAGAAGUUACGCAUACAGCAGUAGAAAAAAAAUUAUAUCAUGUGUUUUUUUUUGUUACUUGACUGAGCUGCUUUUUAAAAAAAUUAUUGUUCUUUUCAAAAGAUAUAUAUUAUUGAAUAUUAAUGAACAUUUUAUUAGUUAUUCAAUUAAAGGAAUAAGAUAUACAUUUGUUAUUAUUGGUAUAAAAGUAUUCAUUAGCUCCAUCAUAACUUAUAAAGAACCUGCGAAAGUAAUUGAAGAAGAACUGAAGGUUAUAAAAAAAAUCGUACAAAAAAAUUCACAGCAAUAUCAAAAUAAAAUUAAGGAAAUUGAGAAUGAGAAUAAUAAUAUCUUAUAUAAUGAUAUAGAUCAAAAAACAAUUAGCAUAAUAAAUUUAUGGUCAUGUUUUAACGAAAAUAUGGAUUCCUUAUAUGAAGAUGAUGAAGAUUUUAAUUUAAGCAAUUAUAACAGUGAUGAUGAAUCAAGCAGCUCACACACUUCACUAGCUAGCGAACAUUUUACUUUAAAUGAAAUAGAUGAAUAUAAUGAUGAGCCUAUUGGAAUAAGGAUAAAAACAUUACACAGAAAAAAUCGACCGAUAUUUUUUCAUUAUAUGCCUUCACCAACAAAUAUUAAGGCAUAUACAGAAAAUCCUAUAUCCUUCACAAAUAUGAUAGAAUAUAACCACAAUGAAAUAAUGCGAGUCAAGGAAAAUAGAAUUAAUAAUGAACUAAUAAUAAAUGAUCAUAAAAGUUAUGAAACCUUAAUUAUAGAGAAUGAUGAUCAAAAUGAAACACCAAAUAUAUAUGAUCUAAAUAAAGCUGAAGAAAAGUUAAACAAAUAUUAUUCACUAGAUAGUUUUUAA